AUGCUACCCAUUCACUUUAGGACAGGAAAUCUUUUUCGUCUAUUGGCUCGACAUCGCGCUUCUGUAGUUCUGUUCUGCUUCGCUGCCAGCUGUGUAUUCAGAGGGACAGUUUUCUUUGAGGUGGCGGUGGUAUACAACCCACGGUGUAAUGGCUUUUCAAGUAUGGGAUUAGCGUCGUCGCGGCUUUUCGCUGAUCCUCUUUAUGACGCAAUUUGGAAAUUUUGGAUACGAAAGAUUGUUACAGUCUUCUUGCCCUUUAUUGCGCUGGCCUGGUUUAACCUAGCCAUCGUGCUAAAUGUUCGGAAGAGCGAUCGCGAUCAAACAGUCAAGGCUUUGGUGAUGUUCACAACUGUGGGCACUAGAGCGGAAGUGACGAGACUUCGUUCACGUCUUCGCACUGUCACUCGAAUGCUAGUCAUGGUGGUGUGCUGCUACCUCGCCGCCAACAUCAUCGACGUUAUGGUCGCUUUUUGGGAGACGAUUGAUAUAGAAUCUCUGCUUGCAAAUGAAGGAUUCUACGCCGUGACGACUGACAUCUCCUCGUUUUUGCCAAUUUUAGCCUGCUCCUUACGUCCGCCCAUAUAUAUCAUUAAUGACAAGCAGAUCAGAACUGAGGUGGGUGAAAAUGCAAUCCACAUAGAUAAGUCGAGAGUCCAUCAUAGCAAAAUGCAUGUUAGUGUUGUUUAA